AUGCAUCAAUUUUUGAUAACUAGCCACGAGCAUUACACCGACCCAAUCUUGUUUCAAGAAAAAUUAAAGAAUUAGAUUCACGCUAUAAGACAGAAGAAAAAAAGUGUAGACUUGGGAUCUUCAGCAUUUUCAAACAAAAGGAGCUCUUUUGAUACGCAGUACAGAUCUAAAUUGCUAUCAAUGCCAUAUUAGGUGAGAUAGUACUAAAAUAGUACAUUCAAGAGUGAAAAUGACUUAAUUAAUCUGGAUAAUGUCCAGUACUUUAUCAAUUAGUGCUUCUCUUCUUAAGCUCCUCGAAAGAAACCACUUCCAAUGACCUCGGUUUAGACGCCAAUGUCAAAUAGAAACUUUAAAAUUCCUAAAAAAAUUGUGCAGAUUAACGAGGAACUUUAAUAUGAACAAGAAAUGCCGUAGCUCAGAUUUAGAAUACCAAAUGAGGAUGAACCAGAGAGGAAAGAUGCACCCAGAGAAAUUCAUGAACAUUUGGAAUCCUCAAAUGUUCUAGAUAAAACCAGUUUGUUAGAUAGAAAAGAAUUGUAAAUGCUAAAACUGCAAAGAAAAAUCACUACAUUUAGGAGAGAAUCAAAGAUGAGCCUAAGUCAAUUUCAUCGGAACUCUCCUAGGAACAGAAGAAGAGAGUCAUCUAAUUCAAGUCAAUAUGAAUUCACUCCUAAAUCUUAGAAUGAAAGAUGGAUAGAGUUGGACGGGCUCAAAACAGACGACCUUAUUAAGAAGUUUGAGACAUUGAUUAAAGAUAAGCUAUUCUAUUAGGAUUUAUUCAAACUAGGUUUUAAUCUUCAGAGUUUGGAUAAAUCCCUUAAGAUUCUAAAUUAAGAACAAAAAAUGAUUUUGAUUAAUUGCAUUUUAGACUUGCUAUUUAGAACAGAUAAACUAAAACAUGCCUUUCCUCCUUUGAAGAUGCAGUAGUUUAAGAAAUAAAAUGCAAGGCCUUAUGAUUUCAAGGAAAAAGAGUUUUAGGUGGCUUUUGGAGGUGGCGGUGAAGAUGAAUCUAAUCUAGCUAAUUAGCUAAGGGAAAGUCAGUUAUUUAAAAGAGGUAUCAAAGUGAGUGAAAGUAUAAACAAAAGAAAGAUUACUUCUAGAUUUUCCAACAUUCAGAAGAGUUUGGAUGUUAUUGAAUAAAACAAAUUAAAUUCAAAGCUUAAGUGA